AUGAGUUCUCCCGGGAACAACGAGAUGGCUGUACCAUCGAUCGAAGUCCUUUGUGAGAAUGAAGCCAAGGAUGCCAAGGAAGUUGUGAUGGUUGAGAAUGAUGAAUCGCCAAAAUCAUCCAGGAAGAGGAAACACUCUGAUGUAUGGGAUCACUUUGAGGAGGUUGAGGUGCUUUCAAAGAAGAAAAAAGGAGAACCAGAGAGAAAAGUUAAGUGCAAGGCUUGCAGCAAACUGUACAUGUACCCGAAGACUAGAACUACAACUACAAUGAAGAGGCAUCUGGAUGGCUGCUUUGCACAUCAUGGUGAGGAGAACAUCAAAAAAGGUCAAGGCACUCUGAAUUUUGAUGCGGCUGAUGCAUGUGGUAUUGAUCUUCCAGUAGUCAGUUUCUCUGGUGGCUAUGAUCAUGCAAAAAUUCGUGAGCUUAUUGCUACAAUGAUAAUUGUCCAUGAGUACCCUUUUCGCAUGGUCGAGCAUUUCUGGUUCAAUGUGCGGAUGAAGACUUUGAAUCCUUCUUAUCAGAAGACAUCAAGAACCACCAUCAAAAAUGAAUGUUUGCAGAUUUUUAAGUCCCGAAAGGAAACACUGAAGAAGGAACUUAAGCAUGUUGGCAAAAUUAGCCUCACAUGUGAUCUCUGGACCUCUAACCAAACUCUUUGUUAUAUGAGCUUGGUGGCACACUAUAUUGAUUCAGAAUGGAAUAUGCAGUACCGUGUGAUUAGUUUUCUUGAACUGGAGCCACCACACACAGGUAUUGUGAUAUCUCAGGCUAUAUUUGAGUGCCUUUCUGAUUGGAAGAUUGAAGACAAAAUUGCAACUAUAACUCUUGAUAAUGCUUCUUCCAAUGACGUGGCUGCUCGUCAACUGAUGUCCAAGUUUAAGGCUAGAGGAAGUGUGUUUUUCCAUGGUAAAUUUUUUCAUGUCAGAUGCUCUGCUCAUAUACUCAACCUUUUAGUAUCAGAUGGCCUAAAGGCUAUAGAACCACUCAUUGAGAACAUCAGGCAAACUGUUAAGUAUUUGAAGAAGUCGCCAUCUCGCCUCUACAAAUUUACUGAGAUUUUCAAGUCACUUAACAUGUCAACCAAGAGGGGGUUGUGUCUUGAUGUUCCAACUAGAUGGGGAUCCACAUACAAGAUGCUUGAGCAUGCCUUUUCUUUCAAAAAUGCAUUUUUACAUUAUGCAGAUUUGGAUGCCAAUUAUAAGUGGGAGCCAUCUAGUGAAGAGUGGAGGUUGUAUGCUAAAAUAAGGGAUAUUUUAGCAGUGUUGAACAUGACGACCACUAUGUUUUCUGGAUCAACCUAUCCUACAGCUAAUGAGUUCUUUCUUCUAAUUGUGAAUGUUAAGAAGGUCCUCGAUGAUGCAUCUGCCUCUACAGAUAAAUUCUUGCAUGAUAUGGGAAAUGCUAUGCUUCAGAAAUUUGAGAAGUAUUGGAAAGAGUGCAGUACUUUGCUGUCAAUAGCGUCAAUUCUGGAUCCAAGGUACAAGAUGGAUCUAAUUAAUUUCUGUUUUCCCAAGAUAUAUGUUGCUAGUGACAUUGAACACAACAUUGACUCAGUAAGUUCAACACUGAAGGAGUUGUAUGAACAUUAUGAGAGUGACCACACAGCCAACUUGGUUGCAGCAGAAAAGAAAGUGGAUAAUCAGGCCGUCGCUUCAGAAAAUGGGACAUCAAGCAAUAGUCUCAUGGCAAUUUCAACUCAGUUUCGUACCUUCAUGAAGACUACUGCUAAAAAGGUUUCCAAGUCAGAUCUAUUUGCAUACUUAGAUGAGGCUGCGCUUAAUCAUUCAGAAGACUUUGAUGUGCUACUUUGGUGGAAGCAAAAUUCAUCAAGGUAUCCAAUACUAUCCAAGGUUGCGAAAGAUAUUCUUACUGUGCCAGUCAGUACUGUUUCUUCGGAAUCAUCAUUUAGUACUGGAGGCAGAGUGCUUGAUAAUUAUAGAAGCUCUUUACUCCCAAAUACUGUUGAGGCUUUGGUGUGUUCAGCUAGUUGGAUUAGAGGCUCCCAAAAGAAAAAGAAAGCUAACAAGAUAAAGAAGACCAGGAUGACCUACUUGAAGUUCCUUUUCUGGAUAAAGAUCCUUCGAUCAUUUCUACAGACUAGUAAGAAACAAAUAGACUAUGGUGAACAUUCACCUGAAUUGUUGCAUUGUUUGUAUUAUCUUGCAAACUAA